UUUUUUUUUUAAAAAAAAAUAUAUUUAUUUAUAUAUUCUUUUUUGUAUAUAUUUUAUUUUAUUUUUUACCUUCAAAUAAUCAUCUCGAAAUGCUUAUUUUAAGACAUAAUACUUUACCAUCUGAGGAUCUUUUUGUCAUUGAACGGCGCAUGAUCAAAGUUGCAGAUCCGAAAUAUAAUGUCAAAGAUCUUACUCAUUUUGUAGUAUUGGAUAAAUCUCGAGCCGAACUUUAUGGUUAUCUUCUUGGAUUUAUGGAACGACUUGGUUUAUGCGAAUCGAUUGGUGUCACACCAUCAGAAUUUCUCGAUUUUUUAAUAGACAUUGAUCAUGGUUAUUUACCUAACGCGUAUCAUUCUUUCUAUCAUGCAGUAGAUGUAGCGAUUGUAUUAUAUCAAAUGGUUUGUGGUUAUGGUGUAGCCAAUUAUAUAUCUAGAGUUGAUAUUGCUGCAUUAUUAAUUGCUGGUUUAUGUCAUGAUAUUGGACAUCCGGGAAAAAAUAAUAAUUAUCAAGUAAAUCUAAAAACAGAUUUAGCUAUUCGAUAUAGCAAUAAAUCUGUUUUAGAAAGUUAUUCAUGUACACUUACAAUGGAUCUAUUAACAAAACAUAAAUUAUUUAAAAGACUAGAAGAUGCAAGCUCUAAUUUGGGUCUUCCUACUUCGGAAUCUGAAAUGAGAACAAUGAUUAUUAAGAUGAUUUUAGCAACUGAUAUGAUAUUUCAUUAUGAAUUGCAAGAAAAUCUCGCUAAUAUUUUAGAGAUUAUAUCAGAAGAAAACUUAAGAAAAGAAGAAUUAUUAAAGCCACACCCAUCUUCUAUGCAUAAACCAGUUCUACCAUCUACAACAGAAGAAAAUGAAGACGAAGACGAAGAAGACGAAGAAGAUAAAGAAGAAAGAAUAGAAGAAAAGUCAGUAAAGGAUUCAUCAGAUCAGGAAGAUGAUCAUACUGAAUCCACACCAAUGUUAAGUUCAGAAGAAGAAUAUAUUCGGUUAAAAGAUAUAUUCUCAAAUCAGGGAGCGAAAAGUGCAAUAUCUUAUUUUAGAAGAAAAUCCUAUUUUGAAGAAGAUAUGAUUCCUUUAAAUUUAAAAACGAUACCAGUAUUCCCUGCAAGUCCAGAAGAACUAAAUGACGAUGAUAAUGAUUAUAUGAUAGAUAAGAAUAAUAAAAAGAUGUCAUUAGAGGUCCUUCAUUCAUCAGGUAUUGACCUUAUAACAAGUACAAUAACAGAGAAUGGAGUUGAAAAGAUUGUAUAUAUACCACCGAACUAUAUAAUGGAACCUCAACAAAGAUUAAUUUUAUGUCAAAUUGUAUUGCAUGCAGCAGAUAUCAGUAAUGCGCUUAGACCAUGGCCUAUUUGUCUAAGUUGGUCUAAUUUAGUAUGUGAGGAGUUCUUUCUUCAAGGGGAUGCUGAGAAAGAACAUGGUUUAGAAGUAUCACCUAAUAUGGAUCGAAGUCAAGUGAGCCAAACAACGAUUGGUUUACAAUUUGGUGACUUUGUCGUUAGCCCUUAUUUUGAAAUUUUUGCUGCGUUAUUCCCUAAAGCAGAUGAACUGUUAAAGACACUAGUCGAGAAUCGAACACAAUGGAUCAAAUUAGAAGAAGAAAUAAAGGAUAAGAAAGAUAGAGAAGAGAAAGAAGGAAAUCAAAGAUUACCCUCCAGCAUGUUACCUGAUAGACCUAUCAUUAAUCCUUCCGGUAGAAGAGUUAGUGUAGCAGCUGGUAUGGUCAUUAUUCCUGAUGAAUUAGAAGAACGUACAGUGGGUUCUGGAAAAUAUAAACGAAAAUAUUGGGGUGUAAGAAGUGUUAGUCAUAGUGAUAUUUCUUCAAUCCGUAAAGAUCAACAGCAUCGCGACCGAUCAGAAGUUAUUCGUAGAAGAAAGAGUGAAGAACCUAAUCUUAUCAUAACACGCAAAUUACGAUAUGCUCCAAUGUCACCAAGAAGAUCAAGCCGAGAAAAAAAAUCAUCUACUUUACCAGUAAUUAGCCAAAAAUGAUGUAUACGUAAUAAAGAGUCUAUUCCAUGCUUAUUAUAAUAUAUUGAAUGUAAAUACAAUCCUUUUAUUUUUUUUUCUAAGAAUGAAUAAAUAAUGCAUAUUAUUAAUAUAAUGCUACAACCCA